AGGGGGAGGGCAGCGCGCCACUACGCGAGUGCGUGCGUAUUUUGAGCGUCUUCCGGCUCUUUCAGCGGUGUGUAAUGGCAGCUUCCCGUGCGUCCGGCUCAACGGCACUUCAGGACAAGCACGGAGCCGUUCCCGCCUCUCUGUGAACUUACUUUGGAACUAUAAUAUAUAGUCUUAAUGCAGCUCCCUUCACUUUACCAGGGUAAUUCGCUGCCGCUGAUGUUUGUGUGUUCGGAUUCCUGAAAAGAGAUCCACGACGAUCAUGCCACCAUGGCUCGCGCUGAAGAAGUGACCGUCGCCACUGUGCUACAGUAGUACUGGGGGGCUGUGUGUGGCAUGGAUUUCGUUACGGAAGCAGCGAAUUCAUAAACGCUCCUUAAGCGACGGUGGUUUAUGCCGCGUGUUUUCUGCGACGAGAAGGAUUCGCUCAAGUUGGAUAGGAAACCGCGAGGAACCUCGGAGGAGAAAUAAAUCCGGCGCUUCUGCCCGCCGCUUUCCAGAGGAAUCUGUACGGAGAACACGAGCCAGCGCAGGCAUGUGGACCCAGGACGGUCGCCCCGAGGAGGUGCAGGCGCGGGACGGGGGGUCGCGUUCCUCCCAGGAGGACCCCUCCACGUGCCCGGCGUCUCCUGCCGCCCCCGUGUCCUUCGGGGAUUGCGGCGCGUGCGGAGCUGCUCUGAGGCCCGAGACGAGCCCCCAGCUUCUGCCCUGCUUACAUUCGCUGUGCAGAGCGUGCACGUUCCCGCCGGCGUGCCCCGCCGCCGGUGAGGGCACGAGAGAAUGUCCGCUGUGUAAACGGUCAUAUGCUCUGCUGGAGGUCACGGAUAACCCUUUUCUCAAGUAUUCUGCAUCUUCUUCGGGUACUCAGGAAGUCAGUAAGUGUUCCGGGUGUGAGGAGUUUGCAAUCAGCGGCUGGUGUGUGCAGUGCGGAGAAGCUCUCUGCUCAGUCUGUGUGUCUGCGCAUCAGAGAGUGAGGGUCACGCGAGAUCACACUGUCCUGCCCCAGAAGCUUCCCACAAACACUACCCCAACGUUGUUUUGCCGCACUCACAAAGAGGAGCCAGUGAAGCUCUUCUGUAAAUCGUGCAAUCAGCUGACAUGUCGGGAUUGUCAGCUGACUUUUCACAGAAACCACAGUUACCAGUUCCUCCAUGAGGCCCUGACAAGUCAAAGGGAGCAGAUUGAGUCUCUGUUGGCAAGACUGAGACAGCAGAAAAACAUGGUGAAAGAGAGUCUCCUGGACUUGAAUGGAAGGUUACUGGACUUGACAGUUAUGAAAUCCAGGCUAAAGGAUGAGCUGCAGGAAACCUUGGUUCGCAUGCGCUAUGUGUUGAUGAAGAGAUCGGUGAAGUUGUUCAAGGAUGUGCAGGACCUGUGUGGGAGAGAGGCAGAGCGAGUCACUGAGAGGCAGGCCAUUCUUAGAAGGCUUCGGGAACGGCAGGAGCACGUCUUGUCCUUCACAGAGAAAGCACUAGCCACAGGCAACCACUUUGCUUUACUUUCCAGCAAAAGACAGAUUCAGUUUCAGCUAGAGGACAUUUUAUCCCAGAAUGUUUUCCCUGCAGCAUCUGUGAUGGACCUGAAAUUCCACUUUGACCAGGACCUCUGUAAUCGUAUCACCAGAUUUGGAAAAAUCAUUACUGAAGAAGUCCCCUUUGCUCGCUCAGAUGCUCAUAUCAAUCCAAACCAGACUCUGGAUCGGCCAUUCCAAACUCAGGGUCACAAUGUCUCCAAACCCCUUGGUUCCCGUAAUUACACCUCCAUUUCUGUUGCUUUCCCUCCCUCUCCAACCCAGUGUCAAGCUGAUCCUUCUCAGAUUACACCCAUUUCAGUCUGCUCUGUCCCCACUUCCUUCCAGCAGCCUCCCUUUACUUCCUCUUAUGCCAAUGUCACAUUUCAUCCAUCCUCUGCUCUUCCAGCCACUCCUCAUUUUAUCCAGUCUUCUCCAUCUAGCCAUGUUUCUCCUGGACCUCCGUUGCGUUCUUUCCAAUACCACACUCGUCCGUACCGAGCAAAAAACUGUAAGACCUGGUCUUUUCACAACUAUCAACCAAAAAAGCCCAGACUGGCUCUUCGCCCAGUUUGCCCUGUCUUACCUGAUGGCCUUCAGUUUGUUGAGUCUCAACCUUCUGCUGCCUCCCCACUAAUUAUUCUGAAGUCUGUCUCCUCUCCAGUCAGGCUCUACCCCGUCACCCCACCUCCCAUUGUCAUUGCAUUAGAUCCUCCCACCACCAGUAUCUUGGAUGGAAACACAGAAACUAUUACCACAUGCGCAGUUCAAGCCAUUACGCAGACUCUCUCUACUCAGGUCCACAACGCAGUCCCAACUGAACCUUGGCACUUGGACCUGGCUAUAGAAUCAGUCAAGUCCUUGAGUGACAUUUCACUCAGGCGAGAAGAACAACCUUUAAAGAGCCCAUCAGGUUUCCUUCCUGUGAAAGCUCUAGCAGAUUCUCCAUGUGAAAGGGCUGCUGCUGCUGGCUGUGGGAGGAAACUGGACAGGGACAGACAAACCCAUGCUGCAGAGAAUGAACCCACCUCAACUGUAACAGAGACUGAGAAUGUCUUUCCGGCUGAGGUCCCUGACACAGAGGCUAUUGUUCCUGAAAGGCUGCAAGUCCAAGAACAUGUCACUAUGUCAGCUAAUGGAGCCGUAUCUACCAUAGGUCCCACAAUGCAGAGAGCACAGAGUCAGCCCUGCACUGAACAGGAUUCUAUUUCUCAGACAGACUCAAAUGAUCCCCAUGAUAUUACAACUAGAAACACUGACUCGAAGAAAUCAAAUGAGAAAGAAUUGCCCCAUGAUGGUCUGCCUGUUCUCGUGGCCGGUCAAACACCAGAAGCCAAGACCACUAAAAUGCCAAUAAGUAUUGAAAAAUUGCUGGAAAGACCAGAGAACACCACCUCUCAAGUCUCCUCUGAUGAAGAUGAAAAAAGAAGUGUUUAUAAGCCAAGCAUGAGUGUUUCCAGCACUGAGGGAGCUUCCUUCAACGGGAACAUGUUUCCUCGGGUGUCUGUGCUGCAGCUGCCAAUUUCACUGCCGACCCCUGGUCAGCCACUUCCCCAGUUUCGCCUCCUCCCAGGGUCCACCAAGCACAAAGUCUUCCUUGAAGUUAUUGAUGGGGAUCAUCAGGUAAGCACUGCUGUGAAGACUUACGGCCAGUCUGCCGCAAGGCACCCCAAAACAAACUGUGCGGUCUGUCGGACCCCCGGGCAGUUGCAGCUGUGUGCGCGUUGUGGGAGGGGUUUUCACAGGGACUGCCAUAUCCCACCACUCAGUUCCACCAGUUGCAGUGAGUGGAAGUGCUUGUUAUGUCAGGACCUUUCUGAGGAUGAAGACCCAUACAGCACUGAGAGAGAGAGAAGGCCUUCCCUAAGCUUACCUGAUCAGAAAAAAUGUGAGUACCUCUUACUGGCCUUAAUGUGUAAUCCACACAGCACUGUCCUUUUUCACACAGUUAAGCUCUCAUCACAUUAUAUUGACAGUAAUCUAAUUCGAGGGAGGUUAUUAAGAAAACAGUCACCUUCCUACCGCACUCCUUCUGAAUUUGUAUCUGAUAUAUGGGUGCUCUUGGACACUUUGUUAGAAAUUUCAGAGGAAACCAAGAUGGUUGCAAAGUUGCAAAGGUUCUUCCAGAAGGAGUUGAGCAAAACUUUUGGUAAGAGCCUCCACCCCUCCCUCCUGAAAUGCCCUGUCAGCAGAUUUGUGGGGAGUACGGAUGAUGAGGAAAUGGAGGCAUCCAGGAAGAGAGUGAAAAGCAAGGAGGAGUCAGUGCAGUUCAGUCCUGAUGUGCCUGUGAAGAAACAUUGCCAGGAUGGUGGAAGUGGCACAGGCAGCAACAACUAAACUGGUGACAUUAGUGUUGGACUAUUUGAGACCAACAUUUGACUGGACUCAUGAUGGAGAGGUUGUCACUUAAGAUGCUGGGAAGGUCAUAACACAACAGCAAGUGUUUAUAACUGAAUUGCACCAAUAAAGAAAAUCUGUAAAUGGAUAAAGAAAUGAUGUAUACAGUACAUAACCUGCAUUGUAAAUUGUAAUCAAUGUCCUUUAUUAUAAAAUGUGAUCCAAAAGAAGGGUCAAAACAAUUUAGACAGGACCUUUUCUUGACUAAUAACCUAAUCUGAGCAAAAUGGUUUUUAUAUCCUAUAUAUCCUUUUAUAUCCUAUCCUAUAUAUAUUUAAAGUUUCUAUCUGAUCAUGUGGUGUCUUUGUUUCAUGAUUUAUACUGUAUUUUGGUACAUUAAUUGGAAUGAGAAUUUGAUAGCAAAACAUUGUAGAAAAAUGUUUAAAAGUAAUACAAAUGCUUUUUGUAAAUCAAGUAUAUUAAAUACUUCUGGUGAAAAAGAGGUAAAAUAAAAAGGAACAGUCAUGUAACUUGUCAAAGCUGGCUCAUAAAGCAUUAUCUCCACAGGGUAAGCUCUGUUAAGUUGAAGUCCACUUUUGGUGACCACUGGCGUAGUGGACAAAUAUUUUG